CCCUCCUCCGCCCUGCAUCCACAAAGCUUCUGGUGCUGUGGCAAAAAGUUAAAGGGAACUGAUAGAGCGGAGCAACUGUCUUCUCUAAAAAAGAAAAAAAGAUUAAGGGGGAGUGAUUAAGAGAGAGAGAGAGAGAGAGAGAGAGAGAGAGCGCUCACAUGAGGGGAAGUUGAAGAUAGAAAAGUCAGAGUGAACCCGUUGUGUCAAACAGUUGACUGUGACUCCCUCUGUCAGUGCACAGCCGUGCUCUGGUGCUGCAGCACCACUCCCCUGUCAAAGCAGGAUCUAUCUUCUCAAGCCAGCCGGCCCAUCUGUCUGUCUGCUGCCUCUGUGAUUGACUGGACCACUGUGGGAGGACAGAGGAACCCCUCAGUGGAUAUCAGUACCCAAAACUGUGAAUGUAAUCAUCAGAAACCAGCUUUCAUCAUCCAUACAUGGGGAUCAGUCCAUGGACAUUAGUGUGACCCAGGGGUUGCUACAUCCAGACUCAGAUUCGGUCAUGCUGGCCCCCCAGCCUCCCUUCUUCCUGGGACCCCUCACCUCUCAGCAUUGUACCCAGUUUUCCCAGCAUCACUUGCAGUAUAACAUUGAGCAAAGGCAAAGAGAGAUGGAGGAGGAAGAAAAAAGAGAAGAGCUACAGCAGCUGAUCCGAAAAAGAAAAUCUGGGCCGAGUGCUGUAGCCAGUCCCAUGGUGAGGCAGAAGCUUCGGGAACACUUAAUAAUGAAGAGUCAGUCCACACAUGACAGGGUUACUCCCACCCACAGCACUCCUACACAAAGAUACAGGCCCCCACUUCCUGAAAUAUCCUCAAACUCUCAGGCUUCCCCCUCUGACCAACGUAAAGACCUGGCCCUGCGCAGGACAGUCUCUGAGCCCAUUCUGAAGUGGAAGAUAAAGAAACUCAUCAGUUCAAGGCCAAACCCACUGCAUCGAAAAAUCAGUGCCCCUCCUACGAUGAAGCACAGGACAGAAACUCUGGACUCAUCCACCAGCAGCAGCAGCAACCCAGCAUCAGGGUGCAGCUCUCCCAACGACAGCCUCCAUUCAGACAGUGGGAUUCUCCCACUUAAUCACGAGGCACAGAGGUUGCUGCUGAAGGAUGGUAGUUUGGCUCAUUUCACUGUGCCUCCAAACUCCACUGCUCUGCCAAACAUCACUGCUGGCCUUCCUGCGCAGGCCGACCUUCGAUUAGCAAGGCCGAUUGCAGUAUCUGGUCUGCAUCAGGUCUACCUGCCUCUGGAGGGAAGCAGUCCAGCUUUGGCUCAGCGCCUCCAGCCAGUGCUCAUACUGGAGCCACAUACUGGACUGGUGCAUUCACAGCUUGUCUCCCUUCAUGGCUUGAACUCUGUCCCUCUGCAGAAUCAGCCACAGUCUCACCUGUCUAGAAGAGAAGGUGUGGUUUCCUUGCCGUCCCACAGACCCCUGGAACGCACACGCUCAGAGCCUCCACCCUAUAGCCACUCAUCUUUGUAUGCCAGCCAUCAGACACACAUCCAGCCCCAGCUGUCUCAGCAGUACAACCGUGUAAUGGAGGGGUAUAAGCAGAGCACACCUCUGAAAAAGAUCCCAUCAGAGGACAUGGACCUGGAGGAGAUCGGAUCAGAAUUUGGCUCGGGUCCAGGGUCCCUAUGUGGCUCAGAGCCUGGCUCAGUGGGUGAGGAAGGCCACCGCAGGAGACAGAGCACCACCAGCACAGACUCAGUUUAUGACACAGAGUCCACUACAUCAUCACGGGAAAGCUUGAUUGAGCCCUCACAUUCCCUCAAUCAGAGGCAGGUUAUCCUGAGACAGGGUCACCAGCUGGACCAUCUGGGAGGGCCUGCAGUAAUUUGGCCUCACCAGCCUCUGUUUCGGACCCGAUCCUCUCCAGCCUCCACCUCCCUGCCUCCUCCCCCACACCCACCUACCACCAUGCCUUCACUGUCACUGUCAGGCCCUGCAGCAGAUGUCCAGCUACGUUACACCACAGGUUUGGUUUAUGACUCUCAGAUGCAGAAGCACCAGUGUACCUGUGGGGACAACAGCCGCCACCCUGAGCAUGCUGGGAGGGUCCAGAGCAUCUGGUCCAGACUUCAUGAAAGAGGUCUCAGAAGCCAGUGUGAGCGUAUCCGCAGCAGAAAGGCCACUCUUGAGGAGCUGCAGUCGGUCCAUUCAGAAAAACACGUUCUUCUGUUUGGCACCAAUCCGCUCAACCGCCUCAAGCUGGACAGCCGCAAGCUAACGGGGAUCUUAUCUCAACGGAUUUUUGUCAUGUUACCGUGUGGAGGAGUUGGGGUUGAUAUUGAUACAGUCUGGAAUGAACUCCACACAUCAGCAGCCUCCCGUAUUGCUGCAGGAUGCGUCACAGACCUGGCACUGAAGGUGGCACAGGGAGAGCUAAAGAAUGGUUUUGCAGUGGUGAGGCCCCCUGGACACCAUGCAAGCCACUCCUCCCCUCUGGGCUUCUGCUUCUUCAACUCUGUGGCCAUUGCUGCCAAACAGCUCCAACACAAACUCAACGUCAGCAAGAUCCUCAUCGUGGACUGGGAUGUUCACCAUGGCAACGGCACCCAGGAAGCCUUCUACAACGACCCGAGUGUACUUUACAUCUCUCUUCAUCGCUUUGAUGAAGGCAACUUCUUUCCCGGUAGUGGACAUCCCAGUGAGGUUGGUGCAGGUGCAGGCGAAGGCUUCAAUGUGAAUGUUGGAUGGACUGGUGGUUUGAACCCUCCAAUGGGUGAUGCAGAGUACCUCGCUGCAUUCAGAGCCGUGGUGAUGCCCAUCGCCCAUGAAUUCUCCCCUGAUGUGGUGCUAGUGUCGGCUGGCUUUGAUGCUGUUGAAGGACAUUCAUCGUCUUUGGGAGGCUACAAGGUCACAGCCAAGUGCUUUGGCUUCUUGACCCGUCAGCUGAUGUCACUGGCAGGAGGUCGAGUGGUCCUUGCUCUAGAGGGGGGGCAUGACCUGAAGGCCAUCUGUGAUGCCUCUGAAGCCUGCGUGAGUGCUCUGCUGGGCAUGGAGGUGGAGCCUCUGUCACAGUGUGUGUUGGACAGGAAGCCAUGUGAAAAUGCUGUGAAGACGCUUCAGAGAGUCAUACAGAUUCAAGGUGAAUACUGGCAGAGUGUGAAGGAUUCGGCCUCCACAGCGGAGCUUUCCUACCUGCAGGCUCAGAGACGACGGUUGAGACGAGACUCGGACAGCGAUGCCGUCAGCGCCCUCGCCUCGCUCUCCAUGGAAGCUGUCAGCCAGGACAAGAACCCAACAGAAAAGUGAAAGAGAAAGGUUCUCUCUGAAGAAAGAACCACCUGACAGCUGCCUUUAACCAGCUCUCAGUGAAAGCACACAGACACAAAUUUAUGCAUGUGGACCUUCACUGGAAGCAGAUGUCGUCCUCAGUUUGACCACUGUAUUCAUCACCUCACAUAAAGCCCUCCACCUGCAAUACUACUGGCUGCAGUUUGACUCACUCUGCGGCGCAACAUUAACCUGAACACCCAUAUUAUCAUGACACCCCUCUUCUUAGAGGGGAUACCAGCCACUGAAAAAAAAAACCAGGAAGAAAAAAGACAAGAAGAGCCUGAUGAAAUCAUCGAUUUUUACGUUCUUGUAGCAUCAGGAGCUAAUGAGACGUAGCGUGAACACACUUGACAAAGCACAGCUCUGAGACCUUUUAACACCUGUGAGGUAGAUGCGCCGGUGAAGGACGGCAGACAAUCCUCUGCACUUGAUAUGUCUCGCUGUGAUGAUGUCAUACAUGUGACAAACACCAAAUGAAGGAACAGAUCAGGCGUUUCUGAUCGUUUUGCACUGCACUGCUAUGUAAUGUGAACCGGACAAUAUGAAGACCACGUUGACAAUCAAACAUCUUUAUUUGUUUGUGUUUUCAUUAAUUUGACAUAUGCCACACGUUUAUAUGAGCGUCAGCAGAUUUUUUUUUUUUUCUUUAAGACUCCAGUUAGAGUGAAGCUACAGAGAAGUCUGAGAUACAUAUGUUUCAUAUUGUUUCUUAUGUCCACAUAUUUUCUUAAAUCUUUUUUUCUCUUUCUUGGCCUGUCAGGCGAGCACAUGCAGCAAGACUGCAGGUCGCUGCAGUUAAUAUUACCGCUCCUCGACAGAUUAAAGACGACUCCGCGACUUUGAUGAAGUGUAUCUGAGAUGUUUGGACAUACUGUAGUUUGUGUCAGUGGCAUUAAGUCACAAUAAAGAGUUAAUACCUCCAGUCAGUUGUGUAUCAGUAUCAAGGGGAAAUAAAUCACUCCUGAAGGCUGCUCAAAGAGAUUUUUUACACAUCAGCAAUAAACAGAAAUCCCCCAUGAUGCUUCAGUGCAACGUGACCGCUCAGACAUGAUUGUACUGCGAUAUUGAAUCUUCUCUGUCAGGAGAUUUAUCUUUACAUUUUAAAUCAUUCUUGUUGGUAACAACGCUCCCACUGUGCCUUCAGGAUGGAAGCACCUGAACGGCUUUGGUCUUAAAUCUGAAUGUUAAAAAUGUUUUUUUUAAAUAGAUCUGUGUUUCUUCCUGUGGAUUUGCAUUCCUGCUGUAUUUUGUAUGUAUUGUAUACUUUUAUUUUAGGGCACAUUGAUGCGUCCUCUUCAUGUUACUGAUGUAGCAUCAGUCUGUUUACUGUCAGCAUCUGGGGCAUUUUGCUGCCCGGACGUUUUAGCAGUCAGAAUAAAGAAAUAAUACCGAGAUAGUUGAAUCUCCACACAGUGCAAUUGGACACAGGUUAAGCACAACCAAAGUUUAUGAGAACAAUGUGCCGUCUCUGCACUGGCAUUGCUUAAAGAACUUCAAAGACUUUGUGAAUGUUUCUCCUUUUUUUUUUUUUUUUUUUUUUUUUU